GAUAGUGAGAACACAUUACUAUCCUUGGCGCGCCUGCUCCCUGGAAAACCAGAUUAUGUAUUGGCUAGAAGAGCGGUGAUAAACCGCCACACGAAUAUUUGGGCUAAAAGCUAACUUUCAGGCGGCUGGCUGUCCUUCUGCAGGCGCGCGCGGCCCGGACGUUGGGCCGAGGACCCGGCACCAUGGCGGUCACGCCGGGGGUCCUGCUGCUGCUGCUGGAGCUCAGCUGCGGAGGCUCAGCCCUGUGGAGGUAUUCAAGUAGGAGCCCACACCAUCACAUUAUUAGUACCAGAAGUGCCAUCAAGUUAGAGUAUGAAGGAGCAUUAUUUUCAGAGUGGCAAGUGCCAGAAACCUGUUCUAUCCAAGAUAAAAAAUCACCCAAGACAGAAAUGCAUUGUUCUCAGGGUGUUCAUGCUGUAAAACCAAUUGUUACAGGCCCGAAAGGAGAAGAAGAACGCUAUUUGCCUGUGGACACUACUUACAUUUGUUUCCUGUGGUAUUACACAGUUAUAAAUAUAUUUGAAAAUUUAACCCAGGUUGUGUCUAUAUGGGUGUACGAUCCAGAAUACGCAGAUUCUGAUGAGUUGCUAUGGCAGGCAGAGGUACCCUCGCUGCAUUCCAGAAUAUUAACCAACCAUUUUGCCAUCCUGGGGCAGAAGCCUAUCAUAUACACAACAAUUAGGAGGAAAACUUAUACUCCAGAUAACAAACUGAUAAACUGGACCUGGCGUGUUACUCUUCCAAUGACCAGAGAUGACGUGAUAAAAAAUAUUAGAGGAAACCAAGUGAUUUUUCAAGACUGCUUUGUGGCAGACUUUACUUUUCUGCUGACUUUUCCUGUGUGGCUCGAACCUGAGAUUCCUGGGUUUUUACCGAUCACUUCACCAGCUGGUAGCCAGUUAAUGUUGUCCUGGGAUGCUUGUUUUCCUUCACUAGUUGUUGUGGUGACUGACAUGGAAACCUUUCAAACAAAUGACUCCUUCAGCACUUGGACCAGAGUCACAGUGCCUCCAAACAUCCUGAGUGACGCUGAAAGGCACAAUGUGGAUUCUGUGCUCCUGCUGCGUGACAGUAUAUAUUUUCUAAUAAAUGGUGUUCUUUACCUAAAAGAUACCAAAGAACUGACAAAACUAGGAAGAGAGAAACAUCUGCCAGAGGGUGAAAUUCUUGGCAUUACGUCAAGAAGAUGGUGUUGGAUCAAAUACAUAAUUAAGAAUGUAAAAGUUGUAAGCAGCAUUGCCAUCUGGACAGAAGAUGAAAUUUACUUUGGGUAUUCUGAAAAUAAAUUUGUCAAAAUCAUAACUACUGCAGAACUGAAAAGUCUUCUAAAUCUUCCACCAAGUGGCACUCUGACAAUACACAAUAUCGACUACACCGGGCACCCUCUGGAACUUGCUGUGUUGUUAAAUUAUUGUAUCACGUGUACCAACACCAAAAAGAUUUACAUAGUGAUCUAUAAUGAAGACUCGAUGCAGUGGGUGCCUCAAGACUUUGUGUUAGAUGUCCCCAUUGCCAGUUUUUUCAUUCCACGUUUUCUAUUGUCAGGGAUGCCAGAAUUAAUACUAUGGGACAAACAUAAGGUAUACUACUCUUAUCAAAAUUUCACUACUACCGGAGUUCUACAAACAUCUGCAGGACAUGGAAAUCUGUCAGCAUUAUCCAAAGACAGUGUUAUUCAUGACAUUUAUGUAGAUUCUCGGGGGAAUAUUGUGACCAAAAUGGAAAAUAACAUAAUGUUUUAUUCCAAGAGUAAUACUGAAGAUGCACUAAAGCUACAUUUAUGGACAAGUGACACAAUAAAAUCAUCAUUCUGUGUUAGUGCAUCUGCUCAAGUAUAUCUUGUAUAUGUUUUUGACAAUGGGACAAUACAACUACAGGAAUAUCCGUUAAUGCUGGAAUUACAAAGUGUAGCUUUCAAAAUGAAAGAAAAAUGCCCAUACAUGAUGUUUCAUGAUAAUGUUUUAGAUUCUUUUUACUUUUUGGACAAAGGAGACAGCCUGAGAGUUUGGGUUGAAAUUAUCUAUCCAGAAAACACUGGUCUUGAUAUUAUUGUGAAAGUCUAUGGUCCACAAAUAUUAGAAUAUGAAGAAUCCUUUCAUUAUGAAGUUGCCUCAGGAUACUGCACUAACACCCUGACAAUGACUUUUUAUUCAAAUGUCAAUUAUGAGGGAGUAGAUGAUUAUUUCAACUUUGAAUACAAGAACAUGGGUAAUGUAUUCGUUCAACUUCGGCCUAGUCAACAUUCAAACGUAUGUCCAGUGACCCAGAAGGUGUUUCAAAUUGGUGUUGGCUGUGACCCUCAAAAAUUUAUUGGCGUUAAAGGAUUUAGUAAAACAGCAUGUGUUCACCACGAAUUUUUUUACGAGAUCGACAAGUCACAUUUGAGACAUAAACCACUUGAAAACCUGAAAGUAAGGUAUGACUGGGAAAAAUAUGGCUGCCCACUGAGACUUAAUGGCCACGAAAAGUUUCAACCUUUGAUUCAAUUAUUUGAUGACAGUGGCCAUGUUGACGAUGUGGCAGUAAAUUUCAUAUUGUGGGAAAUACAUGGCAGGAAUGACUACAGUUACAAUAAUACCAUGAAGCAGAGCGGUUGUUUAAAUGAAGCCCAGACGUGGAAGACCAUGAUUGAGCUCAAUGCAGACCUCCCACUAGAAGAAGUCUGGGGACCGGAGAACUAUAGGUCUUGUUUUUCUUAUGCUAUUGGAAAACCAGGAGACUUAGAUCAACCAUAUGAGAUUAUCAACAUUUCUAAUAAUAACCAUAUAUUUUGGCCCUUGCACCACUCUGGAAUGUAUGUGUUUCGUGUGAAGAUCCUGGAUCCAAACUAUAGUUUCUGUAACCUAACGGCUAUAUUUGCUAUAGAGAUCUUUGGAGUGAUUCCCAGACCAAGUGGCUACCUGGUCUCUGCUAUCGUCUUUGUCAUGAUGCUGCUGUUCAUCAGUAUUCUAGUUUUGAGCUACUUCCAGUAUACGAAGCUUUAUCAAAAAAGUAUUUAUAAGCCAUAUCAGAAAAUUCACAUAAAACAAAAGACAUAUUAGGUAUAUACGUAUAGAUUG